UUCCUUUGCAAUCCUGUGCUUUUUCUUAAUGGAUUUCUAGCUGUCUCCAGAGAAGGAGCCCAUGGGCAGCCCACCCCUACCCUUGGAGGCAGUACAGAAUCAGGCCACGGUUUAGGCAGAUUAGUGAGGUCCUAAGCUGGCCUCCUAAAGAUACCUAAUCCCAGACCAGCAGCCAGCCAGCAGGCCCAGGGCCACACAAAGUCCCUCGGCCGUGUCCCCAGCUCUCAGCCAGGGCUGCCAUGGCCUCCCUGUUCUCCGGCCACGUCCUGAUUCGCAACAACAGCGACCAGGACGAGCUGGACACGGAGGCUGAGCUCAGCCGCAAGCUGGAGAACCGGCUGGUGCUGCUCUUCUUUGGCUCUGGGUCCUGCCCGCAGUGCCAAGCCUUCGCGCCUAUCCUCAGGGACUUCUUCGUGAAGCUCACAGAUGAGUUCUAUGUGCUGCGGGCAGCCCAGCUGGCUCUGGUGUACGUGUCCCAGGAUCCCACGGAGGAGCAGCAGGAUAUGUUCCUUAGGGACAUGCCAAAGAAGUGGCUCUUCCUGCCCUUCGAGGAUGACCUGAGAAGGGACCUCGGGCGCCGGUUCUCCGUGGAGCGCCUGCCGGCUGUCGUGGUGCUCAAGCCGGGCGGGGACGUGCUCACCCGCGACGCCACCGACGAGAUCCGGCGCCUGGGCCCCGCCUGCUUCGCCAACUGGCAGGAGGCGGCGGAGCUGCUGGACCGCAGCUUCCUGCAGCCCGAGGACCUGGACGACACCGCGCCGCGGAGCCUCACGGAGCCGCUGCGCCGCUGCAAGUACCGCGUGGACCGGGAGGCCCGCGGCAAACGCGGCUCGGGGAGCGGGAGCCCGCGCGAGGGGGAGGGCGGGGGGGAGGGCGGCGGCGCCGGGGAGCUGUUCUGA